CCUCUUGCUGCAUACACCUAGAUGAAGCGGCCGCCUAUGGAUCCCGCUCUCCUCCAGGAUACAAACAAAAGGGAAGCCGUCCGACUUCGCCUGUCUUUCCCAGACGCAAACACCCACCACCACCUUGGUCCCUUCAGUCCGUGCCGACCCCUCGCUCCUCUUCCUCUUCGUCGCAUGUGAGCACGCUCCAUCUUCAGCGGGAGCGGUAGAGGGAUCGGUGUUUGGCGACUGCUCUUCGGCUCAAGGGGGAAGAAGAGCGCCAGAUGGCCGUGUGAAGACAGGCUCAGUCAGGCUGCUGCUCGAUGGCUGACGGUGACUGCUUGCUGCAAGAUACAGGACUGCUGUUCAUCAUGUGAUCCGACUCCCACGCCAUCGUUUCCUUCGCUCUACCUUAAAGAGGAGGAUCAUGAACCGCCGCCUAAGCAGCUCCACCCGUUCCCACACCGAAGACUCCAUCUUCCUGAGGCCCGAUGAAGACCCCGUUUGGCUGGAUGAGCCCACAAAGAUCGGAAAAACAACCAAAGGAGCCUCUAAGAAAGAUGAGCUGCUACGACGCAAAGGGGGUCAAAGUUCGCAGGGAGAAGAAGUUUUUUUGGACAAAGUGUACAUGCUGGUGAUAGAGUUCCACUACUGGGCAGCCCUUCUUGUCAUCUCCCAAGUCACGGGGUACUGGAUGUUCUUUGUGGUGGAAGGAAAUGGGCCAUUUGCCUCCAUCUAUAAAGCUCUGCAGGUCAUCGACUUCUAUCUGGGUUUUGUUUUACCUUUCCACCCCAUAUUUGGAAUGGACUCCAUGGCGCUGAUGAAGGAUGUGAUCAACACCACGCAGCAAGCUUGGAUCAUCUACGUCACUGCAGGCCUUGGCGUGACCAUCUGUGUUCUUAUGGUCAUCCACAUGGUGAAUAAGUGGCGUUAUGGCGCUGGCUUGUGGUCGUCGGACACCGUGGUGAGCGACAUCGGAGAUAGACGUCAGAGUGUGAGCCGCCAGCCCUCCUUCACCCUGUCAGAGUGGACAGACGCUCAGGAGGACCUGAUGGACUUGGACCCUGUGCCUCAGACUCCAGUCUUCGAAAUGGGAAGUGAUUACAAGCCGGAAGGAGACGCCACCACGCUGACUGUAACACCAGUGGGUCUGCAGGAGAGGAGGGGCUCAAAUGUUUCUCUGACCUUGGACAUGUGUACGCCGGGCUGCACGGAGCCUUAUGGCUAUGGAGCCCAGCUAUCCCCCAGAGAUCAGUCAGCCCAGGACUACCUCCGGCAGGGAACACACGUCCUAACCCCCGCCAUGCUGCACACACGGGCCAUGGAUGACCAGAGCCUGCAGGCUGAGUUUUAUGAAACCCCAAUGAACUUUGUGGACCCGAAGGAGUACAACUACCCAGGGCUCGUAAGAAAGAACCGCUACAAAACCAUCUUACCCAACACACACAGCAGAGUAAUCCUACAGUCCCAGGAUGAAGACGAUUUCCUCACAACGUACAUCAAUGCCAAUUAUCUCAAAGGUUAUGGGGGUGAAGAGCGUGCAUAUAUCGCUACCCAAGGUCCAACGGUGAACACAGUAGGGGACUUCUGGAGGAUGGUGUGGCAAGAGAGGACCCCGAUUGUUGUAAUGAUUACUAACUUGGAAGAGAAAAAUGAAAAGUGUGCCGAGUACUGGCCUGAGGACACUGUGACCCAUGAGGGGAUUGAAAUCACCGUUGUGACGGUAACACAGGAGGACGACUACAGUCUGAGGGUUUUUACUUUGAAGAGUGGAAAUGAGGACAGGAGUUUGCGACAGUAUUGGUACACCUCAUGGCCGGACCAGAAGACUCCAGACAAAGCUCCGCCUCUUUUGGAACUGGUACAGGAAGUAGAAAGAGCCAGAGAGGAGGCACCGCCCACCAGUGGCCCUGUGAUUGUACACUGCAGCGCUGGAAUUGGUCGGACUGGCUGUUUCAUUGCCACCUCCAUUCUGUGCAAGCAGUUAAGGAUGGAGGGUGCGGUUGACAUACUGGGGACAACCUGCCAACUACGUCUGGACAGGGGUGGGAUGAUCCAGACGUGCGAGCAGUACCAGUUUGUGCAUCACGUCCUCAGCCUGUACGAGAAGCAGCUGUCUCACGCCUCUGAAGAGUAGUGCGUGCACGUCGGCCACGCCCACACCGAGACACACCACUGUACGCUGUACCGCCUCUGGUGGUACGCGCCACUGUACCCAGCACCAUUUCAGUGUCACCCUUUAAACACGGUCAACGCCACAUCUUUACUUUUGACAACUCCACGCGUGAAGGGAACUGUGAACGUAUUGUUAUUCACACGGGCCUCAAAAUAAAGUCAGCAUGUAAACUGAUAUCACUGAUAGACACGGUCUAAUAACGCACUCAACAAUCCUACGCCCCUCUCAAAUCUUGUUAUUUGCACGUUUUUCUCAUUUUAGCUGCACACGACUUGUACCCAAAGGUCCGAUUACAUAUACACUGGGAGUUUUCAAAGUUGGAGACUUUUAACUGGAUUGAGUCAUAAUACAUUAAAAAAAAUUGCAGUAUAAAAUAGACAUUUUUAAGAUUCAACAGAGAUAAAACAACAUUUUUGCAAAAUGAGAGGUUAGAAAUCAAUCAAUCAAUCAAUGUUUAUUUAUAUAGCCCUAAAUCACAAGUGUCUCAAAGGGCUGCACAAGCCACAACGACAUCCUUGGUACAGAGCCCACAUAAAUGAUUAUGAAGGUGAAUUCCUUGCGCUACGCUGUGCAGCACACAGUAUUAAUUAGUAUUAUUCAAUGAACAAAUACGGUGGCUGAUAGGGGCAAACGUUCAGCAACAUUAAAUGAACACAUAAAACCUUAAAACACAUGCAAAACGGAGAAAACACAACUCAUUAAAUCAAUAAUAUUGUUUAAAAAAGUUGUUUUUUUAAAUACAGAGAACGUACCUUUCACUCCAUAUUCUCAUGUAAUAUUUAAAAUUGAUCUUAUUAUGAUAACUGUUGUUACAUCUUGUUUUAUCAUUACAUUUCUGAGUCUUAUUUUGAAGGAUGACAUUAAGUUGCAAUUGCAGUUGCAAGUCCUAGAAGUUAGAUGGCAGUAGUGUUGGCUAGGCAGUUCAGUCUCUGCUGAAUCUGGUCUUUUAUUGCGCCCUAAAAGGUGUUUGUACUGUAAGUAUUGUACUUACAGUAUUACGCACGAGCUGUUCGAUUGUAACAUGCAUCUUAGUUGUAGUUUUCAUUAACAAGUUUGGAGGUGUUAAAAUCGCCAUGUAAAAUCACUAAUGUUAAUCAGUAGCAUGCCAAAAGCAAAGCCAACAUAAAAUAGCAUCAAGUUAGCUAAUUUUUAGAAAAGUGGAGCUUACUUUACUUACGUUGGAGUGUUUUUUGGGGUCAUGCUCUCACUGCUGACUUCACGUGCAACCCAGACAUUGUUGGAUUUUACGUGAAUCGGUGUCCAAUAGGACCGGCGGUAUUCGGUACCCAUCCCUACUGGUAGGGCUUACCCAAAGAUAAAAAUACAUAGAUGCCACCUUCAGGUUUUGUCAGGCACGUCAACACAGGAUUUGGUCAGACCGAUCACAGACAGGUGUGCAUCUGACUGGCACCAAAUGUUUUAUUGUUAAAAGACCUCUGUCUGAGUUGACUAAUACAGUAAAUAGACACCGCUUCCCCCUGCUCAAGAUGGCGGCCCGGUUGACGCACCAUUCCAAUGGACAAUAACCUAUUCAGAAAACGGAUCUUUUCACUUAGCCAACUUUUUUCUUGGAAUCCCGCUUAUGUAUUUUUGUAUCCUUUUUAGACCUGAUGCCACUGGUAGGGUGUACACAUAGACAUAAAUACAUAGAUGCCACAUUCAGGCUUGUCAGACACGUCAACACGGCCGCCAUCUUGAGCAGGGGUUUGGUCAGACCGACCAGACAGUUGUGCAUCUGGCACCAAAAGUUUUAUUCUUGAUAGACCUCUAUCUGAGUUGACUAAUGCAUUAAAUAGUGGUCAGACCGAUCAGACAGUUGUGCAUCUGACUGGCACCAAAUGUUUUAUUCUUGAUAGACCUCUGUCUCAGUUGACUAAUACAUUAAAUAGACCCAUAGACGCGCCAUUUACAUACAGUAUUUUUAUCUUCCUAGUCCUGUCGACCACCGUAAACAAGAACUUGAUUAAACGACAAAUAAAUUAAUAUCGAUGAUAAAAUGGUUUGCAUGAAGCUCAACAAGUUUUGCUAUUAAAAGUGUCCUAACUUUGAAGCUUUCCAAAAUUCCUUCCCAUGCAAAGUUUCCAACAUUGAAUUUCUCUUAGAGAUUAAAAAAGUAUUAAUUUACAUGUUUCUACACUUUGAGGCCUCCUGACUCUUAUGGCUCUGAUACUAACCCCGGAGCCAGAGACUUUGUACCCUGUUCUGUCUGGGCUAUAGAACCCUAACAGAUAGCAGCUUUAGUUCCCCCAAGUUUGUAUUAGAAACCCCCUGAGACCCAGAAGUGAAUUUUUGUCUUCUGUAAGGGACAAACAUUUCACAGCUUUAUUUCAAACAAGAUAAAAGUAAGCUACCUGUCAAUCCUCAGUACAUUUGGUCAGUUGUCGUGUUUUUAAGGGUAAAAAUUGAAAGGUUUAUUGACAGUGUUAGGAGGCUUUGUUGACAUAGUCAUUUUUUAAGAAACUUAAAAGAUUUGUCAAUGUCCUCUGUAGUGGACAUGAGAACUUCCAGUACCAUUGCUUCAUUUUUUAAAUAUAAAAUGAUGAGGCUGGUUAAUGCCGGGCAGUUAUUGCAGCAUCAUUGGUAAUAAGCAUAUACUGUAUGUCAGUUCUCGUUUUUUUCUUCAGAAACUACUACUAUUUUACAUACAGUAGUUUCCCGUGAAUUUACCCAGAUCUUAACUUUCAUAGUAUAUAAAAGAAAAAGAAAAAGAAAAAUCUGGCAGCAUCCACACAAGAGCCACAGCAAUCUGUGAGGACAAGGUUAGAGCAAAUUGGCAGUGGGCAUACUGUAAAGUUAGAAGAUUUCACUGUAAAAAAAAAAAAAAAAAACUCUGUCUCUGUCUCUGUCGCCAGAAUUUUACUGUAAAAAUAACAGUGGAACUGUUUUUUCAUUCACAGUAAUUUUGUGUAAAAAGAAAAUUUGAUUAUAUGAUAAAAAAAUACAACUGUAGGCAGAAUUUUCUGUAAAAAUAACAGUGGUACUGUUUCUCCAUUUAAUGGACUGUAAAAAAUAACGACCACAGAUUUAACGUUCAAAAACUGGAAGCUCAAUAACCAUAAUUCUAAAGUAUAAAUGACAGUCAAAGAAACUCUGUUUAAAACCCACCGUCAAUUUUCACGGUUAAACUCUGGCGACUGAGUUGCCAGUUUUUGUACUUCAGAAUGUUUUUACAAACAGUGUUGCUCUUCAAAAUAUUCCAAAAAAUGUACCCUGUUUUUGAAUGCAAAUGUUGACGGGAAUGAUGAUCGGACUGAAAAAGUGAUGCCAUAAAAAGUAAUAAAUCCUCAAAAAGUCCAAAUGAUAGGUUUCAAAUGGUGUCCCCAUAUCCAAUGUUAAUAUCGUUAUAAAGAUGUAAUGUAAAAAAUAUAAGACAGAUAAUAAUCCAGUUGUCACCAGAUACCGUCAAUUUCUCACAUACCCAAAAUUUGUGCCAUUCAAGAUAACUCAAGAUAAUUAUUUAUUACAAAAACUCAACUUUUAAUUUUCUGGGUCUCAAGAGGUUAAGUUACAACAAUCACAACCUAAUACAGCAUGUUUAACCACAUCCAAUUCGCAUUGUGAUUUUCACCACUCCCUCACUAUUUAUAUUUUCAAAAGGUCUGUUCUUACACGUGAUGCGUUCAGGAGCCCCUUCAUCUUCAGGUUGCAUGGUGCUAAGUGUUCCUUAAAGGCAUGUGCAAUGUUACGGAACAUAGGAAUGUAAAGCAGUUAGGUUAUUAUUUACAAGUAAACUAUAUAAGUUCUAUACCAUGCUGCCUGUGCAGUUGUCAUGGCUCAUGAUGUUUACAAUCAUCAACUUCCUGUGUUAAGGCCACAUAGACCAGCAAAGGCUUCACAGAGCCAGCAAGAUGUGAAUAUUGGAGCUAUUCUUCAAAAUAAUUGAUCUCAUGUUCUCAUGAUCUUGUAAAUGUCCAGUACAUACAUAUAUAUAUAUAUAUAUAUAUAUAUAUAUAUAUAUA